GCGACAGUUACCGGAGAGAGAGAGGCGAGAGACUGUGUGUGUGUGUGUGUGUGUGUGUGUGAGGGGGUGUACGAGCGCAGGAGACACACACAGAGACGGUGGUGCUCCGCGGCAGCUGUUGGGUUCUUCAUCCCGUGAGGAUCAGUCUCUGCUUUAUACCUGGAGUGAGCAGCGCUCGACGCAGCCAAGGACAGAAGAGGGUGGAAGGAGGGAAGCCUCUCAAUCCUGAAGAAAACCUUCCCCGCCGAGAGGGACUAAGACGCAGAGGUAGAGGAAGAAGCAUCAAGAAGCGUGGAUAAGGGAUGUCGAAUUUAAGCAAAGAAACUGACUGUAGGUUUGACAGAACAUGAGAAGCAGGAUAAGGGACAGGUUGAAGAGAUGAUGCAUAUGGGCAAAACUGAAGAUUGAAACCUCGAUUGGCAAAGCGGGACAAGCCUCAGUGUACUAAAAAGCGCCUCGCUUCAUCUGUAUUCAUCUGUUCAUUCAUGCCGUCUGGGAAACCUUCAGAUGAUUUGGAGGUCAAGAAAAUACUGGAUUUUUUUGCAUGGUCCAGCCCCGAGCAGGACUUCUCGUUGCUCCUCUAGCAGGUGUCCAACAGGACGAGUGUUGUUUAUUGGUUAGGAGGCCAGGCCAGAGGCACGGGUGCCAGCAUACACAUGUCAGAAAUGAAUCGGGUCAGAUGCAUGGUUGUAAAAAGGUGAGCUGCCAUGCAUCAUUGUGGUAAGGCUUUUUCCGUAAUGAAGCAGCAUUAGAGCAGCUAUGCCAUUGAUUGAGGAUCCAGAAAGGAUUAAUUGCAUUGCAGGAAAUUACUGAAGUGCGUCUGAAAGAUAUUGAGUCUGCCGUGUAAAGUUAUCAAACACUGCUAAGGACUGUGGAUGGACCUCUGUUGGACUUUAUUGCUACACUUCCUACAUUAAUUUAAAUGCUGUAUACCCUGAGUCAUCAAAAAAAAAUAAUAUUGGCCAUGUUGUAAGGGUUGUGGGCUUGCGUUUUCCAACUUGCCGCCUUAUCACUUUUCUUACUUUGUGACUUCAGUCUUGCAAAAGUGGGGAUCAUUUGGCCCCUUGGGGUCCGGGCUGCGGCCCCGGCCCCGGCCCCCAAACCAAAAAUGCGUCGCUCCAGUACAGAUGAAACGCCGUACCGCCGCAGUCCUUCACUGGACAGCAAGUCAGGCUCGCCGCCGCUGCGCUACAGCGGAGAGUACGAGUACCACAGCUCGCCUUUCGUCUUCGGCCUUCGCACCACACCGGGGUCAAAGAAAGCUAAAGCCAGCUACACCACCGCACAGGGACGGAAAUAUGUGGUGUUUUACCUCGACCUGUCCUUCAUCUUUCUCCUAGAGCUGCGCCGCUGCAGGAUGGCCGAGGGCUGUCUGAGGGCCCUGAGAUACGGGAUGGUUGUCUUCAAUCUGCUCUUCUGGCUGGGUGGCUGUGGGAUUCUGGGAGUGGGAGUUUGGCUCUCCAUCACGCAGGGAAACUUCGCCACGCUCUCCUCGUCUCUGCCCUCGCUCUCCGCAGCCAAUCUGCUCAUCGCUGUCGGCAGCAUCAUCAUGGUGAUUGGCUGCCUGGGCUGUGUGGGCGCGGUCAAAGAGAACCGGCCCUUACUCCUGAGCUUCUUCAUUUUGUUGCUCCUGAUAUUAUUGCUGGAGAUUCUGUUCAUGAGUCUGUUCUUUGCAUAUCAGGAUCAGAUUGAUCUGUAUGCUCAAAGCGACCUGAAGAAAGGCCUGCAUCUCUUCGGGACGGAAGGAAACAUCGGUCUGACCAACGCCUGGAGCAUCGUCCAAACUGAUUUUCGCUGCUGUGGAGUGACCAAUCACACGGACUGGUUUUACGUGUAUAACGCGACUCGAGUGCCGGACUCCUGCUGUCUGGAGUACAGUGAUAACUGCGGUCUGGAGAAUCCUGGCACCUGGUGGACGGCGCCGUGUUACGAGCGAGUGAAGGGCUGGCUGCAGGAGAACCUGGUGGCUCUGUGGAUCUUCGCUCUGUGUACGGCUCUAACUCAGAUCCUGGGGCUGGUGUUCUCCAUGACCAUAUUCUGUCAAGCUGUGAAAGUGGAGACCUUCUACGCCUAGAGAUGGGGAACCAGACCAAACACAUUCCUGCUUCUUCAUCGCACUCUUCUGUCUUCAUCUCUGCAGCAAUCAGCGUCACGUUUCGCUAACACACUGCUAUCUGCAACAUGAUUUUAUAAUCCAGAUCAGCUGAAAGAAUGAGAAUGGCUCUUUAUUGUGAAUAUUUAACAGUGUUUUUUUUUUUGUGAAGAAAAUCCUGCAAUUUUAAAGAGGGAGACCAAUAACUAAUUUUAUAUUUGUAUAAUUUCAUAAUAUGUGUGAAAUGAACAACCGCUGUUUAUAUUUAUUCAGAACGAGUUCUCAAUAGACUUUAGAUCGCAUUUUUGUAUAUUUGACUUAUUUGGCAUAGUCUUACAAAAAAAGUAAUAAAACAGACACAUUUUACUUGAUCAAGUGAAAUACUUACAGUAUGUAGGAAGAAGCACAAGUCUGUGGGAUUGAACACAAGACCAUUUCUGUGCCACCAAAACAGAAUAAAACAUCUGAACAGUUCUUUAAAAGGGUCGUGAACUGAGAAACUCUCAUAUCUCUUAUCAGUCUCUUAUCUUCUGACAUGCGUCAUUGUGUUAUAAAAACAUCCUGUAAGUUUCAGAACUCAAAACUUUAUUAUUAGUAUAAAAUCAGCUAAUAUAAAAGGUAUUAAAGGUCAGUUAAAACCACAGCUUGUGGAAUGUUUUACUCUAUGAUGUAAUAGUGUGGAUAAACUCCGCCUCCGCAGAGGAUCAACAUCUGAUGUGUCGCUGUCGAUCUAGCCCCGCCCACCAUCCAAUCCAUGCAUGCAGUGUUUAUGAGAGAGGCAAACACAGGUCUAUGCUGAAACCAAAUGAUGAGACCCUGUGUCAUGCCCAGCGGUGGAGACAGCCUUCCCUCUCAUCCCAAUGAUGGGAAAGAGUGUAUUUAUGUAUUUUUCACCUAAAUCACAGCGGCGUCAAUCAAACAGCUGCUAGCCAAUCCCAGCAGUGGCCGUUUACCUCGAUCCUCCACGCCUCCUCGGAGCAUUCUGAUCAGGGUUAGGAUUAGGGCACAUUACUUCUAAAUUAUGAUGUUGUUUGAUGUAGAAAUCUUAAUAAAAUUACAAGUGUACCUCAGAGAACAGGAAAAAAUAAUAAUUCACAAUCCUUCAGGCAGUUCAUGACUUCUUUAAAAUACAAUCCGCCCAAACAGAUCCACUGCAAACUCACGGCUGAAUCGCAAAUAUCUUUAUUUUUAACACAUUUGUAUAGUUUUAUUAUUUUUAACCUAACAUGCUUUUUUGUGAGAUGUUUCUUUUGAAACUGAUGGAAGCGUUUAGCUUAAUUCAAUUUAAAAUGAAAAGUGUCAAUGUAUUCCUGUGUUUGGAUUUACAUUUCCUAUACCUAUGAAAAAUAAUGGGAAUAAAUACAUAUAAAAUUGUGAAUAAUUUAUGUAAUUUUUAUUUGUCAUUUCCAACACUUCUGCUAGCAUUAUAUCAAACUGAAUGUGUUACGAUUUUAUUCGUAAAUGCAGUAAAGAAAGCAACGCUAUUGUUCCAAAGCAUUUACACUAAAAAUCAAAGUCAUAUUUUCAUGAUAUUUCAGAAUUGAGUGAUUUAGAGAAUCCACUUUGACUGGUAUGAACAGCACCUGUCAAUCACUGCAGGAAGGUCUGGUUCAGGUCUGCUGAUGAUUACAGCUCUUCAGAGACUGAAGCACAUCAUUCUCUGUAUAUGAAAGCUGACAACACACACACUCCACUGAAACGGUUUAUGUUGUGACGCACACACUGAUCUGUUUUUUGAUUUUCCUACAGGUGUAAUGAUGUACUGUAUCUACAGAAAGAGACGAAUGCUUUCAGUCAAACGGUUUGACUCACCUCGCUGUCACUGGACUGGUCAGAAUUAGAUUAGGAAUUAUUAAAUAUCAUUCAUGCAACCAUCUUCACCGACGUUUGUCCUCUGUAGAAAAGGCUGUCCAGAAACAUGCAUUUAACUGACAAAGAUGGAAAGGCACAGGAUUGUGGGAAAUCCCAGGCAGCGAAGCACACGCUGCUUUCAGAAACACAUCAGAUGAAGGAGUUUCUGCCGGAUGUGACGCCAUCACAUGGCUUCAGACGCGUCUUAUUCAGCAUUUCAGCUUUCAGUUUAUUCUACAGCAUGAGAUUUAUGUGAUGAUGGGAAUAAAAGAAGACUCUGUGUUUAUACUCUCUGAGCGCCUUCUGCCAUUUUGUGUAAUCCAAAUUGAAUUUUGCUAACAAAUGAGUUCAUGUGUGCUUGUGCUCUCUUUAAAUAAAUAACACUUGCUUUAUCUUCUGCAA